AUGGGCGCGGUGGAUUGGAUUUGUGGCAAUUAUAGCACUUUAGAGACGAAAAAGAUGGCGAAAGUAGAUGAAUGUAAACGCGUAUUGAGCCGAUUUCGACGUCUAAGACUACACGGUUCGGCUAUGCUGAAUGCGAAGGGCCUCUUGCAGCAGACGGUUGUGAUUAAGCUCUACCCGAUUGUACACUUUCGUUUAUCACCAAUACGCUGCACGUCACCCUUUAAGCGGAAAAAUUCGUUCAUUGACGUCGCUGAGCAGCAGAAACACAAGGAGAGUGUUGAGACGGAGAUUGAGCUGCCCACUACUUUGGAAACAAAGUGGCUUACCACGGAAGCUUCCGAAUGUUUUGCUAAUCAGGUCAAGUGUUUGAUUGAAGAUGUGAAUUGUACAUUCCAGUUAACAAGUGAAGGCUGCGGUGGUGCGUACUACAUGACGACGGAUUCGAGUACCAAGAUGAAUCCGAUAGGGAUCUUUAAGCCUAGAGAUGAAGAAUAUAUGGCCCCGAACAACCCACGAGGAUAUGUAAAAGAAAAUGCCGUAGUGGGUGUGACGGAUCACCCGAUCAACAAGGGAUUUCGAGUUGGUAAUGGAGCUCUUCGUGAACGUGCUGCCUAUUUGCUGGAUAGCGCCUAUGACAACUUUAGUGGCGUGCCUGUGACGAAUUUGAUGGUUUUGAAUGUAAAUGGACAAGAGAAGGAGGGAUCGAUGCAACGUUUCGUAGCGUCGAAGUGCUCGGCGGAAGACAUGGGCACGCUCAAGUUCGCGAUCUCCGAGGUGCAUAAGAUUGGCAUCCUGGAUGUGCGGCUAUUUAAUACCGACCGCCACGCAGGCAACAUUUUGCUGAGGGAGCGGACAAACAGUCAGACUUUUGACAUGACGCCGAUUGAUCACGGUUUUUGCUUGCCAUCCUACAAGCAGCUGGAAGAAGCAAUGUUCGACUGGCUGCAGUGGCCUCAGGCUGAGUUUCCGUUUACAUGUGCUGAACUUGACCACAUCGCUUCACUCAAUGAAGAUCGCGAUGCAGCCGUUUUACGAUCGGUUGGAAUCGAGGAGGAGUGUGUGACAACAAUGCGUGUGUGUACAGCGGUGCUGAAGCGUGGCGCGGAGGCCGGGUUUUCGCUGUUUGAGAUUGGUAGUCUGCUGCAGCGCGACGGUGACUUCUCGUCGCCCUCGCAGCUGGAGCUGGUUGUUGCCAAGGCGGUGGCUAUGGUAGAGGAAGAUAUGGGGAUGUCCGAGGAGAAGGAUGGUGUCGCCUUUUUCGAUGCCAUUGUGGCCGAAUCCGCUCGUCAGACUGAGAGUAUGUUUGAGGGGCAGACGAAGAAGAAGGUGCGAAGCAUCAGCUGUUUUAGCUAA